UGGAGGAACAUGAAAUGUUUCUGUAGGACCACCAGUGUUCAGAGCUCCUGCAAGUCUUUACAAGCUGGCUAUCCUUCUCUACUUUUGUCUGGAAACAUCUCUGCAGUAAAGCCCACCAACCAACCCAUGUAAAGGAUGAUAGGAGAGAAGCUAUUAUUGCCCAUAUUACUAAUGUCUGUGCUGAGUUUGUCAUAUGAACAGCACUUGACAGAGGAGUCCUGCACUGUUCAGAUCCUUGUCCCUGGCCUCAAAGGUGAACCAGGAGAAAAAGGUCAAAAAGGAGCACCGGGGAGACCAGGAAGAGUUGGCCCUCCUGGAGAGAUUGGUCAAACUGGACUUAAAGGUCAGAAAGGCAUAAUGGGGCAUUAUGGAAAAGUGGGCCCAAGUGGAAUGAAAGGGGUAAAGGGAGACAUGGGGGAUCCAGGUCCAAAGGGCCCUAAUGGAGAACCAGGUGUUCCGUGUGAGUGCACACCAAUGAGAAAGAUGAUUGGUGAAAUGGACAUUCUUGUGGCACAGCUCUCCUCCGAACUGAAAUUCAUCAAAAAUGCACUGCCCUCCCCUGCAGCUGUUGCUGGCAUAAAAGAGACAGACAGUAAGGUCUAUCUGUUGGUGAAGGAGGAGAAACGCUACUCCGACGCUGAGCUCUACUGUCAGACGAGGGGAGGGCACCUGGCCAUGCCUAAAGAUGAGGGCUCCAACGCCGCCAUCGCAGGGUACAUAACCGAAGCGGGCCUGAACAGAGUCUACAUCGGCAUUAAUGACCUGCGCCGCGAGGGGGUUUUCACCUACGUGGAUCUCUCUGCCAUGACCACGUUCAGCAAGUGGAGAAAGGGAGAGCCCAACAAUGCCUACGAUGACGAGGACUGCGCUGAGAUGGUGGCCUCUGGGGAGUGGACUGACGUGGCGUGCCAGCCGACCAUGUAUUUCGUUUGUGAAUUUGACAAGGAGAGUGCCUGAGUCUAUAGAUGAUGAAGCAAAAGUUAGACUGAAAAGUGUAAAUAGAAUGACAAAUGACAUUGCAAGUUGUGCAAAAUAUAUUUUCUACUUUCUUUUCACUUUUCCUCAUAAGCUAUUUAUUUUGUUAACUCACGAAAAAGUCCAUUCUUUUUAUGAGAAUUUACUCAUUUUAAGUGCACCCUUAAUCUCAUACUUUGUGAUGCAUUAGUGUUUCAAACAGCAUGCCAGGCAUAUAUUGAGUUUUUAUGUUAUGCAAACUAUCCACAGAGCAAUAUCUGCAAACAGGGCCAUCAACAAACAAGACAAAUAAGCAAAUGUAGAAGACUGUAGCUUGUGCAUAACAUAUGAAAUUAAAGAUUUUGUUUCCAGUUGCUUGCUGUUAAUCAUAGAAUUGAAUACUAUAUACAUAUUCAUAUUAUAAGUUAUGUGUUGGUUGUUGUAAACUAAAAAAAAAUCAUUGAUCAUUUUAGAAAGAAAGACCAUGUCUGUGCAUUAUUUUCUGCCCCUGAGCUGGCUACAUUUAUCUACUGCAGCAGCUACACCACAUCCAGCUGUGUAAGACUGACUCCACCUAUUGGAAGAAAGUUGUACUGCAUUGUAACAAAUAGUCACACUGGGAUCUAACAUUAAUGCUGGCUGAGUUCAAGUGUCCCAGUAAGCCAUCACAGCGUGAGCCAGUCUGCACAACCACAGGACCCUGAAACUGUGGCAGCAACACAUUCAGCCAACAUUAAUUGUAUUAUCCACACAUGUGUUUUUUAUACUGUAAAAUAUAUAUUUUGUGGUAAAAGAGGCUCCUGUUUAAAAGAUGUCUUCACAUUGUGUACGCUUAAAAUUGAACUUGAUUCUUUUUUGUUAAGGGAUAUUUAUUUUGACUAAUUGUUGGAGAUUUUUCUGUGUUAAUAUAUCUUUGAGAAAAUGUUGAAAUCUAUUUUAAGCAAUUAAUAAGACCUAAUGAUGUGGACUAAACACAUUAUACAGAGUUUAAUUUACACUGACAGUUUUGCUGUGACAUGUAUAUUAUUUAAAAAGAAUGUAUUCUCUAAACACAAGAGAUUUUAAAAUAAUAACAAUAAACAAAUUACACUUGGGAACAAUACGACAGCACCCUGUUUGCUGAAUGACAAAAACAAGACGUAUACCUCAGCUUAAUAUUGCAUUUUCAUGUUUGAAAAUCCUCUACGGUUUAGUUGUGUGAUUAAUAGAAGUUGUCCUACAGCCCGGGCUGCUAUUGUGUUUAAGGAUGGGCAUCCCAGCUGAGAUGA